AUGCCCGCUGCUGGUGUGAAGAAUGAAGGGGUGGUGAAAAAGGAAGGGGGUGGUAGUGACGCACCUAGCCUUUCAACCUGCAAGCCUUCCGCGCCCAAGCGGGCCAAGAUUACUGAUUUUGGUCUUGCCAACAAGUGGGAGGACAGCAGGUUGAUCAGGGAUGUUCUUCGGGAGAAUGGGGCGCUGAUCAAAUGGCUCAGUGAGAAACAGGUCAAUAUCAUCAAUUUGGAGACUUUGGGGCUUAACUCCACUGUGAUGUGUAUGGUCGCGGAUUACCAUUGUUCUCGAACCACCACUGUCAGAGCUCCUGGCAUUGACUUUCUGAAAGCUCAGGUGUGGAAGCUACAGGCCCUCUUGGAGCGACCGCUGGAUGCGGUCGGCAUCCAUCAUGAUGCAUGGGCGAUCAAGAAACUCUUCACACAUUCUUUGAAGCGAUCGGGGUCGGACAGCCGUAACUCUUUGGAGAAUCGCAGUCCUGUUCGACGAGCUGCAGGGGUUGGUGAAUACUACGAGAUCCUCUACAAGCACUGGGACGCUCCCUUGAAAGCUCUCGAGGCACAGCGGGCUGAGAGGGCCUCGAAGGGGCAGAGCAAGUCUGAAGUGAUAGAGAUUGAGGAUGAUGAUGGUGCUGACCUAGUUGCCCUUGAAAACCAAUCCCUGGAGCAAGCCCGGAAUGGGAUUGUUGUGCCUGGUGUGGUUGUCAUCAAUAUUGAUGCUCCCGAAGGAGGUCAGAAAAAGGGUGGGGAGUGCGAGAAGGGUGAAAAGGGUGAGAAGGGUGAGGGUGUGAAUGAGGAUGUGGCACUUUCCCUGCCAGAACCUUUUGCCAAAGGUGUCAAGUUUCGCAUGACCAUCGACGAUGUGUUGAACCCGCCUAAUUUGCCUCCCAUGUUGCCUCGGGAAGUCGACAGAGAGCCUGCCCGACCCAAAUCCAUGGAGGAGUGUGAGGAAAGAAUCAAAUACAUCCAGCAGAAGCUUGCGGAGAAGAUCGACCAGAAGGAAAGGAAUGCAAACGAGGAGAAGGAAAAGAAGGCUGAGGAUCUGGAGGUCCCUGUGGGGGUCGACCCGAGCUUGGUGCAGACCCUGCCCUACGAUCCUGAAGUGGCAGCUGCUGAAAUUGCCACAAGCCCUGUUGAGGUGAUGGAGAGCCCCAUGAAAAGUGUCCUUGAUACGGAAAAUUCCUGGUGGAAAUGUGAGCAAUACUUUCUGGAGAUGAAAAAGUUCAAGGAGCAACAAGAAGCAGUGCCUGAUUCCCAAACCCAUGGCACUGAUGAUGCACAUGAGAACUUGUCAACGAGCCUUCAAGAAGCAAGCCUCGAGCCAAUCGCUGAACCUGAGAUCAGCCCCCAGCCUCAGUUAUCAGCUGCCUCGAAGUCGGAUGAGCCCAAGGUGGAUGAAAUUUCCCAGCCUUCGGCCCCAGGAGCUCAAUCCAAAUUGGAUGCUGGAGCUGAAGCUUUCGAGGGUGUCCCCAACACUGAUGGCGAACAGAAGGUAUCUGAGGGAGAUGAGAAGGAAGGAGGUGAAGUGGAAAAGGUGAAGGAAAGCGGAGGUACCCAAGAUCCUCCCAGUCCCGUUGAACAGCCUUUGGAUUCCGUUCCCAAGCCUGAAGACGAUGAGGUUGAGAUCGUGGAGCCCCCGAACAAGAAUGGUCCUGAUGGUUCCAAGGCCCCUGUGGUUCGCCGCAUCGCGCAGUUCAAGAACAAGACAGGUCAGCCCAUGGAUGUGCCCGACGAUGAUGAUGAUGAUGAAGGAAGCAAGCCCCCUGCCCGCAGGAAAGCAGAGCCCAAGCCCAAGGGCAAAGGAAGGGGGAAAGGAAAGGGAAAGACGAAGGCGGCGCCAAAGGUAAAGGCAAAAGCAAAAGCAAAGUCUUUGCCUAAGGGCAAAGCAAAGGGAAAGGCAAAGCAUGUGAAGGGCAAAGGCUCUGAAGACAAAGUUGAAGCAGAAGAUUCUGAUGAAAAGGAGGUGGAGGACACGGAGACCGAGGACGCUGACAAGGACUUGGACAUCGAGGACGUGCAGAACAAGGACGUGGAGCCCAAGGACGUGGAGCCCAAGGACGUUGAGACCAAGGACGUGGAGCCUGAAGACAAUGAGAAGCCUGUGGACAAGAAGAAGAAGCGCAAAGCUGAAAGUGAGAAGGAGGAAACUCCCGAUCAAAAGCCAGCUUCGAAGAAGCCCAAAAAGGAUGCUAAGAGUUUUGCCCGCCGCCCUUGCCCCAGUACCAGCCCGGCCAAAGACAAAUGGAUCGCCAUCUCCCAGACCUUCAAGUCCCAGGUCCAGCAGCAGAUCUUAGAAGCAGGUGAGAAAGUUUCCAAGUGGGAGGAGAGAGGGAAGGGGGUGUCAGGGAGAUGCUGGCAAGGGGCUCUUUUAUCAUCUUAUACAAGUUUAUGUAAAAUGUUUGAUUGGGUGGAUGGGGAUGGAUUCUUCAUGAUUGUUUUCCCUGUAAGGAGCCUUUCCUGA